UCGGCUGAGCGUGUCAAAAAGCUGUGUGUAUGGGAGCGGCUGUAUGUGUUCGUGAUCCUGUGCGUGACCCGAAGCUGUGAGUGUGACUAUCCAGGAGAAUGUGAGAGAGUAUGUGACACGCGUUUGUUUAAAGCUCAGUUUAACGUGCUGGCAGUAGGAGACAGAGGCCACCCUGAAAACAUUGCCGUCCUGGUAAAACACGCCACGUUUUAUCAGAAUAACUGCCGAUGGCUCAGAGAGGCACCCGUCUACAGCAGCUGCGAUGUAUGGUCCCCAAAUGGCAGAAAACUGAAAAACGCAUCAGUAAAAGACAAUUCUUUUACUAAAACUGAAACUAAUUGCACAUUAAACUUCAUCACUGGCCACUGGUCACGCCCUGAGGCCGUUCCGUGGACACCGAGAUGUAAUGUGACGUGCGUGUCCCUCCGCCUUCACUCCUCUGCUCCGCGAAAGGGAGGGACAGCAGGGCAGCUGAGUCCUCUAAUCCCAAGGAUCCACCUGAAGGGCCUCACGGGGUCUGCCGGCAAGAUCAGCAGCAUCAGCCAGCCGGGGAGCGACUUCAGCACCAAGGACGCGGACAAGGACCGGUGCAUCUGCAAGUGCGCGCAGAUGCUCACGGGAGGCUGGUGGUUCGACGCGUGUGGCCCCUCCAACCUGAACGGAAUGUACUACCCGCAGAAGCAGAGCACCAACAGGUUCAACGGCAUCAAGUGGUACUACUGGAAGGGCUCGGGCUACUCGCUCAAGGCCACGGCCAUGAUGAUCCGGCCCGCGGACUUCUGAGGCCUGCGCCUGCGGCGGGGGCUGCAUCCCUCCACCUGAACCCAGGGGACACAGCUGCGUUGUCCCUCCACCCAGAGGGACACGCCCGGGGCCCGAGUCAGAGCCCUUGAAACUCCCCACGGACACCUGCCCUGCUCGGCAACCCCAGCACAGGCCGACCUUCACCUCGUGACCUGCAGGGUGUCUGCGCAGAGAUGAGCUUAAGCUGCAAAUGAGAAGAUGGCUCGCGGGCUCGUGUCACGCCGUGUCAAGCGCAUCAGUGAAUAACUGGAAACAGCUCUGGGCUCCGGGGUCGUCUGGCUGCAUCCCCGCUCGCCCACCCGCCCGCCCGGGGCUGGCGGAGAGGAAGGCAGCCUCCACGCCCCGCCCCGUGCACAGACUCAGGGGCUCCCUGGGAGGGAGGGUCACAGUGCCUUUGCCCCCCUCUUGGGUGCUUUACAUUUUCAUCUGAAAACAGUGUAUUUGCAUAGGUGUCGCCAGCUCAGUUCUAAGCUAAUGCUCAAACACAGAUGUCAAGUUUAUACGGAGAAAUUCCCAGGAUGUAUUCUUUCAUUUUAUGUAAAGAUUGUACUACUUUUUUUUGCUGCCUGUUAACUAUGAAGUUAUUUUAGUAAUUAAAUAUAACUUAUGAGAUGA